CUUUAGAGAAAAAAAAAAACCUGAGAGGAGGUCCAGAUGCUAAAUCGAAAAGUAUAAAUAGAAACACUCAACCGACGAAGCACACAAAAAAUAAAGAAAAGAAUUGCAACUGCUUUUGUCUUUGGUGGGCAUCAGCCCAAUACCAAAACUAGGAAGCCUUCCAUCUCCACUCUUCGCAGUUGCUAUUUGCUAAAACCCCUUAAACCCAUCACCCAUGUCUCUCUUCAGAACCCUCCUUUCCCACUCCUCUCUCCUUAAACCCCAAAACCCUCUCUUCAUUUCCCAAACAACCCACCAACCUCUCUCAUUCUCCUCCAUCUUCCUCAGAACCCUUUCCUCACUCGAACCCAAAAACCAAACCAAACCCAGAAAGCCUCUAGACCUUGUUUUCAAAAAGGCCGUCGGACUUUCCCCAGAACCCGAAACCUCCGAUACCGAAACCGACGACGACCCACUGAAACAGAGCCUAAGAGAGCUAGAACAAGAGCUCAAGGGCGUGAAAUCGAAUCCGAAUGUCGCCCAAAUCAAACCCAGGAAAAGAGAACCCCAGAAUUCAAAGAGAGGGAUCAGCUUAUACGCAGUGUUUACGAAUAAGACGGUGGACGGUGAAACGGGGAAGGAGAUGACCAGAGAGAGGUCGGACGUGUGUAAAGAGUUGUCGCCGGAAAUGGAGUUGGUGGUGAGCUAUUUGGAUAAAGAAGGCUACUUUUCGAAUGCCAAUUUCCUGUCUUUGUAUGAGGAUAGGUUGGACUUUAGUUGCUUUGAUAAUAGCUAUGGCCGCGGGUUUAUUAAGCAUGCUGUGGAGAAGUUUGCCAAGGACAAGCAGCAAAUUGCAAAAUGGUUAUCAGGGAGCGACCUGAAAAAGGUGGCUCUCUUUGGUUGUCCUUCGCUUGCAAAAAAGAGUGUUUUUGGUGCUAAAAGAUUGCGCAAAUUCUUUGCAAUUCCAGAAGAAACUGUUUGUUCAAAAUGUGUCUUAAGAGAAUCAUGCAGGUUUGUGAACAAGAGUGUGUGGCGUGGAGCCACAAAGAAUUUGAAUCCGACUAAUAAUGUGGGGAAAGGAAACCCCAAGAAUUUGAACCUGGCUGAUGUUAUGAAUAUUAUCACGCUAUAUGCUUUGGAAUCUGUGCCUCCGCAGCUGGUUGUGCCAGAUGAUUUAAAGGCUUCUGUUAGUCGAUUGCUAAAGGAGAUUUUGAAGCUAAGUCAAACUACUUCAUGAGGCACACUAGAUUGUUCAAGGUAGGUUGUGGCUUAUUCUCUUUGGUA